AGGCAUUCCACUUGUUAAUCUAUGAUUUUUUUUUCAAAACGGCACUUCCCAGUGCCGCUACGUAUGUGGUACAUACGUGUAAGUCAUAUCAAAGCGUGUUCAAGGGUCAGGCUAUUGUAUCGCAGUGUUUACAAUAUGGAUACAUGACAUCGGUCUGGGAAGCUGUUGUGACACUUGUCCUCAAGUACUGCGGUAAGGAGCUGGAGGAGUACGGUAACUGUGUGGCCCAGUACCCAGAGAACUGGCAGAACAAAUGCAAAGACCUUGGUGAAGCCGCUUCCGCCUGCUCCAGUAAUCAUCCUGCUGUCCAGAAGAUUCAGCAUGAUUGUGCUAGGGAAUACCAGGUCUACGACCAAUGUCUCAAGGAGAACCCACAGGAUGUCACCAAGUGUGUGAAGCCACUCCACCAAUUCAUGGACUGUGCAGAGAAGACAGCCUCUAGGAUACAGAAUGCCUAUGUAGAAAAGUCAUGAUGAUUGCUGUAUUCUAGCCGAUGGGAAACCUCACUGUGUCACCUUGGUAAUGAUUCCACUCAAGGAUUUUGAUGAAUCAGAACAAUCCUCUUGUGAAUAAAAGAAACUCCCAAUCAAGCCAUCAAUGUAGUUUCACUUGACAAUGUCCAUAGUCUCCUGUGAAACUAUUUGAAUAAUUAUACACCCCACUCUUUUAUAAUGUGCACGCAAGUUUAAUGUCAUCUUCGAUAUAGGCUGCAGAGCACUUUGAAGAUAACAACAGUUUGAAGAAUCAGAAACUCACAUUUCCAGCUGAUCAAGUAUUUUGCAGAGGUGCCAAGUGAUAAAUCCAGAGGGUGAAUUACCACUGGGAGUAAACUUUCUAAGAGGGAAUGGUUCAAUGGCAUCCUCAUAAGGAUCAGGAUUCAAAUUUGGAUUAAAUUCAAUACUGAAUAUAUGAAGUCUCAUAUAGUAAAAUUAUGACUUAUCUGUCUAGGAAUUCGACGUAGGAGAGGUGUGUUUAGCAUUAUCUUGUUUAAAGAAAAUGCUUUGACUUUGGUGAUUAUUCAAUUGGAUAUGGAAGGUCAACCUUAUAAAAGGAUUACCUGUAUAUGCCCCAAUGUCAUGCAGUUCUACAUGAAUGUCAAUAGCUUUAUUACCUAUUGCUUGCUGGUGCUGGAGAAUAUUCUGCAGUAACUGUCAGGGGCCGCGGAACCGGGGGGCUGGGGGGGCUUCAGCCCCCCCCCCCCCCCCCACUUUUUUCCAAAACCGUGUACAAAAACGCAAAAAUGACCAUCCGAUUGUGAUUUUUUGCAUGGUCAGCCCCCCCACUUUUGGCUCAGCCCCCCCACUUUGAAAACCGUUCCGCGGCCCCUGACUGUUACAAAUAUCAUGUGCUGGCCAAACAGGUGUUUACGAUUGGGAAUGAAGUGGUAAAAAAAAUCAUCUCUUUUUUCUCAUAUUGAGAAAUUCUCAUUUUACAUUCUUAACAUUCAUCCAGUUUAGGGUUUUAAAUUUCUCCUAGGUGAUACUUUCAAUGACAAAACAACUGGGCCCCACUACAUUUGGACUUUCAUUUUUAUGAUAAAUACCAUGGAAAACUCGAAUUUAAUUGGCUACUGAGCCCUAAUACCAUGGUAGUUUUGAACUGAAAGAAUUUUAUUAGAUCCCAUGUUAUCAGGGCCGGUUGCUUAAAAGUUACCAUUGUGGUAACUUUGCCAUCCAAUGGUAACUUGCAUGGAAUCCUUGAUUGUGAUUGGCUGUUAUUCAGCAUUACCAUGGUAGUUACCAUUGGAUGGCAAAGUUACCAUAUUAUUAACUUUUAUGCAAGGGGGCCCAGAUUACCUCUAGGAGAAGGGUGCCACUCCAGAAUCUUUGACUGGGAGUUGAUUAGGUGCAUUUUUAUGCAGUUUGAUACUGGAUCGUCUCAGUGCCACAUCUCUGAUGUAAAUAAAUCUAGAUGGUUGUUGGAAAUGUGUUAUCAAUGUGAGGCAACAUUUUACAAGAUGUCCGUGUAAUGUUAGGAUCAACACCUUCAUUUCACAAUGAAGGAUAAUUCGGAUUGAUGCGUCAAUGAAUGUGAGGAAGGUCUCCUUACUCUCCGACCAUAGUAAUCCCUAUUGGACCCAUCUUGAAUCCUUCUGACUAGAGUGUGUACUGAUGAUGGGUGGUGUGAGCAUUAAGUCAGUGUAAGAUGUAAAAUAGCUUCAGCUGUGCUCAAAAGUUUGUGAACCCAAACUAAAAUUCAUGCUCAGUGCUAAAUGUAGACAACAGCACUACCAUGUUUGGCGAGCCUAGAGAAACGAUCUUAAUCGAAUGUAAUAUUUUAUCACCUUACUUCACUAUUAAAUAUCUAAACCAUGGCAGAGCUUAAAUACUUUAAAUAUGUUCAUUUUCUGGUGGGUUCACUAACUUUUGAGCACUACGGCAUGUAAGUACUAAAUAACUCUCUAAAAACUCGGAAUCUUGGGGUCCAUACAUGUACGUAAGCUUGAAAUCAGAACUUCAAGGAGACAAGAUAUUGGGUCUCCUUAAACCGACUGAUUUGGAAAUGCUACAGUUACACCAAUGAAACCAACUCCAAAUCAGCUGAUGGUAUGUCAUUGGAAAUAACAUAUUAGCUUCAAAUGAUUGGUCUGGAAGGGGGGGUGUUUCACAAAGAUUUCUUAAGUGUGACUUAAAGUCAUGCUUAGUAGGCCUACCGUUACGCAUAUGAUAAACAGUGUAUAACAUGGAAUCUCAUUGAUUAAUACGCAGUCACUAGUCUGCUGUGCAAACCCUUCACUCGAGUUAAGGGUCUGAAUGUGCAGCCUAUUAAUGCCUAGUGUACUGAAGGCCCUCUCUUCAUGGAUUCAUGUGUAAAUUGAAACAGCAAGUUUUUAAUGUGCUAGUCUUUGUGUAGAGACCCACUUGUUGAUCAAAGUUUCAAUCAGGGUCUGCGCCUGCAGACUAGUAGUUCACAUCCUCUGAGCAUGAUUUGACCUAUGCGAUGAUGUGUUAUACUGCAAGCAACUGGAAAACUAAGUGGGAAUCUAGAACACACUAACUCUUUGUGAAACACCCCUCUUGCCAUCUUGAUGGACUUAAAAGGUUUCGAAGGCAAGGAUAAAUUCAAGUCUAGUCUGCUGUGCAAAACCUUCACUCAAGGUAAAGGGACUGAAUGUGCAGCCUACAAAUACUUGUGUACUGAAGAUAAAACAACAUGUUUUUGUUGUUGUUUAUUCAGAUGUGAAUAUUUACGCUUCAAAGUUUUAUAUGUGCUAGUCUUCUGUGAAGACCCACUUGUUGAUCCAAGUUUCAAUCAGGGGUUGUGCCGGCAUACUAGGUCAAGUCCGGCGGUUACUCUGGAGAAUUACACAAACAAAAUCAUGGGAAACAUCCAUCUUUAGCUUGAUAUUUGAAUUUGACAGAGACCUUGGGAAAGACAAGACAAAGCUGAGAGUGUACAGUGCAAUUAAAUUAUUUAUAAUUGCCAACAAAGUACACUAUUUAGAAAGGAGAAGAGGCGAGAGAGAGGGGAGUUCAUAGAUGAAGUGAUUAAGCAGAGGAGAAAUCCCAAUUAUUUAACACAUUGAUACAAGACUCCAAUAAACAUUGGACUUGAAAAUUGAGUAUCCAGACAUUUGAAUAGAUGUAAGUGAGUUUGUUUGAUAUCCCUUUUAAUGUUUUUAUUGUGACUUUUUUGUCAUUUUCAAUCAUGAUUCCAAAGAUAUGAAUUCAUUUUCUAUUGAUUGAUGUUUCUAUUAAGGAAUACUGCUUCACACUGUUGACAGUGAGUGCAACGUUCAAGUUUAUUAUGUAAUAUUAAUUUAUACGAUUUGCUGUGAAAUCAAACUGAUGAAAAUCAGGUUCCUGUCUUCGUAAUGGUGAUUUCUUAUUUUGAAUCAAGGUACAGGUAUUCUUUUUAUGACUGCAAAACAUUUGUUUGUCAGGUGACUUUUGUCCACUGACCUGUGUCUGCAAUAUAUGCAAUCAUACAUGAGAGUAUUUUUAUAUCAAUUAUAACUUCUUUAUUGUGAAGAAA